GUCUCCAUAAGUUCCAGCCUUUUACCACUCUUCUUCAAUUCUCCUAGAGCAUCUUUGGAAGCAUGAGGCCACGAUGCUGCAUCUUGGCUCUUGUCUGCUGGAUAACAGUCUUCCUCCUCCAGUGUUCAAAAGGAACUACAGACGCUCCUGUUGGCUCAGGACUGUGGCUGUGCCAGCCGGCGCCCAGGUGUGGGAACAAGAUCUACAACCCUUCAGAGCAGUGCUGUUAUGAUGACGCCAUCUUAUCCUUAAAGGAGACCCGCCGCUGUGGCUCCACCUGCACCUUCUGGCCCUGCUUUGAGCUCUGCUGUCCCGAGUCUUUUGGCCCCCAGCAGAAGUUUCUUGUGAAGUUGAGGGUUCUGGGUAUGAAGUCUCAGUGUCACUUAUCUCCCAUCUCCCGGAGCUGUACCAGAGACAGGUUUUCAUGAUGUUACCCAGAUUGGAUUCAAACCCCUGAGCUCAAGCAAUUUGCCUGCCUUGACCUCCCGAAGUGCUGGGACUAUAGGAGUGAGCCACCACUAUAGUGGUGCCUGGAACUUUCUAAGCGCUGAAAAAUGUACAUGUUCCAUCAAAUAUGUAUCUUGAAAUGCAAAUAAAUUAUUUUAAAAAGGG